GGAAACUCGGCGUCCCUAAUUGACAAGUUGCCGCCACUAUUUCGUGGAAGAUGGUCAAAUUCAUCAAAAAUUCGUCGAACUAAAACUCUUCCAUCAUCCACGCAUUACAUCGAUGCGUUGAGGGUGUCAUAGAAUAGACCAGAAUAAACCUCAAACAAUACAUUAGAAAAAGUGCACGACGCGACAACAACAAUGAUGCAACACCAACACCAUCAGCAACAACAACAACAACGAUGGUGGAGUCUGAUACCCACCUUUACCGCCAAGCUAGUGCUGGAAGUCUUUGGAGCGGCAGGGGCCAUUUGGGGAUUCAGUGAAGCUCUGGGUAUACGCACAGAGGAUACCGUUGGGUUCUGGAGACCUGCUGCCUUGUUUGUGGGAUUCCUUUUUGGGAUUCGAUGGAUAGUCCAAAUGGUGGACGCCUGUUCCAGUCUCAAUAACAACCAUACUCAUCAUGCUCAUCCGGUGGUGGAUGUGGAAGUGGGAUAUCCCAUGAAUAUGGAUCAGCACUGUCUGACACCCCGAACGCUGUUCUCGGCAGACGAACACGAGGCUCUACUAUUCAGCACGACAACUUCCAAACAACAACUACCGAUACGACGGUACGACAGUGCUGGACAUUUUUUCCAAUCCCCACAAAAGGGUGCACCCUUGUCGCCACAAAUUACAUCUUCUCCUUCCGGGUCUUCGGACGAUGAACAAAUAUGAAAUAUAUAUCUCUUCCAACGCUACCAUGUUCGGAUUGCCGAAUAUGGUUGUGCAACCUCCACACAAUCUCCUGAAUGAAUGUACGAAUAGACCUUGCUUUCGUGUCCAGCCAGAAGUUAUGUAUUUGUGGAUAUAUUUAUGGAUGUUCCGGAUACAAUGCUACUAUACCGUACCACCAUAAAGGCUGUAACAAUCUUCCUGCAUGGCCACUUUCCAAUGUGGCCUUUGCUAUGCUUUUUCUUUCCAACAUACUUGUCCAAAUAAAUAGUGCAUGCAGUAGAACCUAACUAUAAUAGUCAUAAACAACAGAACAAAAUGGGAUCUCCGUGCUGGCUUUUGCAGCCAUCCCUAUGUUCUAGCAAGGCAAGAGCUGACCACUUUAAAAU